AUGCUCACCUCCGGCCUAACAAACACACCCCUAACGAAACUCCUCCUAAUCUACACAAUCGCCUCCUCAGUCGCCCUCUCCCUCUUCGACAUAAAACACCUCGUGACAAUCUUUGUCUCGCCCCAUUUCUGGCCCUACGCUCAAUUCUGGCGCGCGGCAGUAUGGCACCUAGUCGGCUUUGCCAAUUCCACUGAGGCGCUCUUUGCUUCUAUGCUUGUUUAUCAUUUGAGGGUUGUUGAGCGUGCGUGGGGGAGGAGGAAGAUGGCGACCUUCCUCCUAACAACGCUCCCAUACACAACUCUCCUCCCACCCCUCCUCCUCUCCUUCCUCCUCCGCCCUCUCUCACUCAAUAACCUCAAUUAUCUACCAUCCGGCCCGACGGCUCUGAUCUUCGCCCUGUUGGCGCAGUAUCAUGCGAGUAUCCCGCAUACAUAUCGGUAUCGGAUUGGGACGACGACGACGUCUCCUGCUGUUGCCGCCACCACUACAGAAACAGACAACAAUGAAACACAGACCGCAGAUAACCAGCGCAAACCCCCGAAACCAAGCCUGACUCUCCUCCUCUCCGACAAAUCAACAACCUAUCUCGUCGCCGCUCAACUUGCCCUCUCCCAAUUUCCUGCUAUGCUGCUACCAGCUGCGCUAGGGUGGAUUGUUGGAUUUGCUUGGCGUGCUGAGAUCUUACCUGGUCUUUCGCCUGCUGCGAAUGGGUUUAGGGUUCCUGCUUGGGUUGUUGGGGAGAGGGAGCGGAGGGGUACUGCUGGUGCUGGUGGGGAGAGGGAGAGGUAUGAGGAUUUGAGGAGGAGGUUGGAGGGGGAGGCUGCUGCUUCCGCUGAGGCUUCGGGGUUGGAUGGGGGUGGGGCUGGACGUGGUGUUGAUAGGCGGAAUGAGACUGCUGCUGUUGUUGAUCGGUUGAGGGGGGAUUGGUAG